AUGAACAUUAAGCCAAUAUAUAACGAGCGAGAUGUACGUCGACUACGAGAAUUGUACCAUGCCUGUGAGAGAAACCGCCGAGGUUCGAAAACCCUGGGAGUGGAUGAAAGUUCCUAUGCUACGAUUGUCCUUCCAGAAAUACUCGACAAGCUGCCGGAAUCCUUUCGUUUAACGAUAACUCGUGGGGCAUGUGGAUCAGACUUUCUACAUUGGACGAUGAAGGAUAUUUUAGAAGCGCUUCUAGAUGAAAUUGAAUUACUCGAAGCACUCGAAUCAUCUACGAUGAACACGUCAAAACAAUAA